AGAUAAAUGUUCUUUAUAUUCAUCUCCCUGUUUCUUGUCCAGCGUAUAGGAGAAGCAGUGCAGCAGAAGCCUGAGAAGAGGAGGAAAUGUUCAGCUGAUCAGGGGAGUUACACUCAGUAUAUAUUUAUCCUCCCUUCUCCAUUUCAUAGAAUCAGGAGCAAGGCAACACAGGGGGCUUAUGGGAUGCCAUAUAAAGACCUGUCACUGGUGAGGGGAGAGGCAAAGGGAAACUAGAAAAUUUAAAGAGAGAGAGGAGGAGGAUGUGCCAAAGCGAAAGAAGAAAAUAGGGAGGUGGAAUUUCACUUGAGAAAAAAAAAAAACUGGAGAGCAAAACACAGCGAAAGGGAGAGAUGAAAGGGAGAUAUACAAAGCAAUCAGCGGGUGAGAUUUAGAAAGGGAGGCAGGAGAACCUAGUGUCAGACUGUUCAUCUCCAUCACACACACAGCCAUUAGCAGUACCCAAGCCCAUCGACUCAGCAAUCUGCACUGAAAAUAUGUUGCCUGGCUCUGGGGAGGAAGCUGAGGGAGGACCGAAAGACAGCCAUGUCCCUGCACAAAAUCCCGAAGGGAAAUGGGACGAAGCCAAAGCCUUCUAUGACAAUCUAAGUUCCACCAAGAAACCCAAAUCGCCAAAGCCUCAAAAUGCAAUCACCAUUGCAGUAUCUUCACGGGCACUGUUCCUUAUGGAGGAAGAACAGCGAAUCUACAAAGAGAAGGGUUUGGAAGAGUAUGUCCGAUACCAGCUGGACCAUGAAAAUGAGCCACUUAAACCAGGAGCAGCAUUCCCCUUUGUAAAGGCCCUGGAAGCUGUCAACAGUCACCUGCGUCGGCUUUACCCAGACAGUGAAGAUCUAUUUGACAUUGUCCUUAUGACAAAUAACCACGCACAAGUCGGAGUGAGACUCAUUAAUACCAUAAACCAUUAUAAUCUUUUUAUUGAACGUUUCUGCAUGACUGGCGGCAACAGCCCCAUUGGCUACCUUAAAGCUUACCAUACCAAUCUCUACCUCUCAUCUGAUGCUGAGAAGGUGCAAGAAGCUAUAGAAGAAGGUAUUGCUGCUGCCACCAUUUUUAGCCCGAGUCACAAUGUGGCUAUUAAUGAGGAUCAGCUGCGAGUGGCAUUUGAUGGAGAUGCUGUCCUUUUUUCUGAUGAAUCUGAGAAGAUAGUGAAGGAGCAUGGCUUAGAUAUGUUCUUUGAACAUGAGAAGGCUUAUGAGAACAAACCACUGGCACAGGGUCCUCUAAAAUGUUUCUUGGAAGCUUUAGGAAAGCUGCAGAAGAAGUUCUACCAUAAAGGAAUGAGAAUGAACUGUCCCAUACGUACGUAUUUGGUUACUGCUCGUAGUGCAGCCAGCUGUGGGGCUCGAGCACUAAAGACCUUGCGUAGCUGGGGCCUGGAAACUGAUGAGGCCCUCUUCUUGGCUGGAGCCCCAAAGGGACCUCUGUUGGAAAGAAUCCGCCCACACAUAUUCUUUGAUGAUCAAAUGUUCCAUGUGGAAGGAGCUCAGGAGAUGGGAACAAUAGCAGCACAUGUCCCAUACGGUGUGGCACAAAAGCAUAAACACACACCAAAAAAUGCAACAUCCUCUGCCAAGUGAGACUGAUAUAUCAUGUAAUAUUAUUACAUUUUCUACCUGGAUUAUCAUUAUUUAUAUCUUUAUUUAAUAUAGUGCACAUGGAAAAUUAUUGGAAUAAUCAUAUAUAUUAUUUUCACUAAUAUUUAUAAUACUGUACAAUGAAACUAUAAAGAAAGGGCCAGUAGGGCAUAGAUAAAUGCUAACAAAGGCAUCUUCUCCUCCAUCUUC